AUGCCGGGGGUGGGCAACGUCAAAUUCGAAGUCAACAGUAGUACUGGCCACGAGGAGAUGAUCCAGGUCAACUACCUUUCGACAAUGUUCCUUGCCAUUCUCCUCCUACCGGUCUUGAAGCAGAGGGCUCCACCCAAUGUACCGGGCCGUCUCUUUGUCAGCUCAGGACUGGCCCUACUCGCGAAGAUUCCGGAAAGGAAUCAGGCAAUCUUGACGUCUCUUGGCGAGGGUGAUAAGUUCGAUCCAAUGACCAAUUAUUCCGUAUCCAAGCAUCUAAGCCACAUGUUUAUAUACCAGCUUCAGGACUGGGUCUCCGCUGAAGACGUGGUCGUGAAUCUGGUGGACCCUGGUUAUGUCAAAGGGACCAAUCUCCAGCGUCAAGUGACUGGCAUUGGAGCGGCAAUCCUGUGGCUCCUGGGAGCGACAACAGCCAGAAAGGUGGAGCAUGGCGCAUCAACGUAUCUCGACGCCACGAUUUCAAAGGGCAAAGAGUCGCACGGGUGUUACCUCGCAGACUGGCGAGUCCGGCCAUUCGCCCCGCUCUUGUAUACUCCACAUGGCAAACAGCUAAUCGAGCAGGUAUGGCGAGAGACGCUGGAUGAAUUUGACUUUGUCAGUGCCCGAGACAUACUGAAUUCGAUGAAGUCCAAGGAGUGA